AAGUAUCAUGUUUUUGAGUUAUGGUGGCGGACAGUGAAUUAUUACCUGUGGAAUAAUAUAGGUGACUACUGCUUCCUUCUUGUUCAUCUUACAUUUUGUUUUUUUGGCAAUGUGGGUCUUGUUUUUGAAGAAAUCUUUUGAAGUGGGUCACGUUUAAUUCCCAGUUCUAAUCAAUGGGGGGUUGUCUUUUUUUAAAUUCACAUGUGAGGCCUGCCUAAUUCGGCACUUUUUCAGUACCGUCUUUAUCAUACCCUCUGUCUCGUCAGUUUUGGUCUAAUCAUCGAUGCCAGUUGAGUUUUCUGUGUUUUAGGCGUUUUCUGUUGCCAUCUCUGAUGUGGGAUUUGUAGUUGGAAAAUGGACAGGAGGAGUUGGCUGUGGCGGAGGAAGUCAUCAGACAAGAGUCCAAGUGGGGAAACAGAUAGCUCUGGAUCAAUUUCAUCCCAUUCUGAAAGAUACUCUGAUGAUCAGGUUAUUGAACUAGAACUUUUCUUUCUUGCAUUCCCCUAAUGCGAUAGUUUUAUGAAGAAGUUUGAUCUAUUGUGGAUCUAACAAUUUAGAUAGGGUGAGAAGCAUAAUCACAUUGGUAAUUUUGGGGAAUUAUGAUCAUUGUAAAUUUUAGUGAACGAGUUCGGUAAUGUCCAUCUGGAUUGUAUCUUAGGCUUAAGUGACUUGUUCUUUUUUUUUUUUUUGAAAAUUUAUUCUGGUUUUUGUAUCUGGUUGUGAAUUGCGAGUUAGAUACUAAAGUUUAUGGGGAAAAUUGAUUGUAGGCUAGAUUCUUGAACUUGCUUUUAACAGUGAAAUUCAUGUUAAUGUUUGGGAUUGUUCGCUGACAAUACUAACAAUAACACCAACUAAGCCAGCCUCUAUUUGUGUCAGUUACUCAGUUAUGUGGAUCAUAUAUCACUGUUGUGUAGCUUAGGCUAAAAAUAUUUAAUUUGUACUUAGGUUCCUCUCUAAAUCAAGAUGGCAUUUCUGGAGUUGCUUGGAUCCUCAUCAUUCACGUUCCUAGGUCCGUAGGAAUUAUGUUUGAAGAGUGAAAUUAUAGUUUCUGUGCUGUCAUCCGUUGGUAAUCAGAAAACAUGAAAUCUGGCUGUGAGAUAUUGAAGUCAUUCUUGCUUAAUGAAUUUAUCUUGAUUACUUUGUUUGGAUAUCCUCAGUUGAAGCGGAAUGAAGCCAACUGUUCUCACCUUAUCAAUUUAUGUUAUUCCUCAAAGAAGAAAAAGAAAAUACCACUCUAUGACAUCUUCCUUAGCUGGAUUGGCCAGCUACCUUUAAGGAACCAAUUCUACACCAUUUAUAGAUAAACUCUUUUCUUCUUGGUUUAAGUAGAACUAAAAUGUGAAGGACAUUUGGCUACAUAUACUCCGCCUGUUUCUUGUCAUGAAAGAUUAUGCUCUCAGUUAACCAAAUGAUUUGUUCUGUUGCGAACCCAUGUAAUGGUUAUUUCUUGAAUAUGUGGGUCAAUCCAUUACAGUCCCAGGAUGGGAAUGUUUGGAUAGAUAUAAGAUUUUCUGUACAAAAUUGAACAACUGAGUACUAUUCUUUUACUUUCUGAGCUGAUACUGUUUGUCUAGGGUUUUAAAGUCACUGACCUAUAACUGGAUUAGUGACCUUUACUCGACGGAUUCAUGUUUGUCUGAAGCAUCGGCCAUAAAAAUGAAAGUAAUAAGUUAAAAAACCUUUAAACCGAGAUAAAUGCAGCUGGGUAUGUACCAGUGAACACGGGUCCUAGAAAACAAGGCAAUCAAUAUAGCUUAUGCAAACUGAAGCAGUAAGUCUGUGCUACUGACAUGAAAUUUGGGAUAAGCUAUUCUAUCAUUGCAUACUUUUACUUUGUUUUCCUGCUUAUUGAUUGCGUUAUAUGGGUGGUUUUUGUGCUAAAGCAACAACCCAACUGUUGCUUGCCUCACGUAUCAUCCUUGCAGUAGCCAAAAGGCCCCAUGAGAAAAUACAAAUUGGAUGAUAUGUUCUUUUGCUCAGCAAGAUUCUAUGAAGCUUAUUUGAGGCACAAUCUAUGUCUUGUACUGGUUCUGAUACACUUUAAGAGGAAAUGCUGCAAUGAGUUUCGCUUUUUCACUCCUUUUUACUUCCGUAGUUUGCAUCCUGAAAUCCUGUUUGUUAAUCUUUAAGUGCCAUCUUUAUCUUAUGUUGACUGCAAUUGUAUUGUUAAAACUGAUACAAAUUUGCGAAACUGGAAUCUGUUUUAUUCCUCAUUGAACCUCUGGUCCUCAAGUUUAUAGCUAUAGUUAAAGUCUUACAAUUCUAUCAAGAUGUGGGUUAAAAUAUUGUUACUUAUAGAAUGAAGAAAACUAUUUCUUCGUAUCCAAAUCUGAUAAAUAUCCUCUUCUUUUUCAAAGGCAUUUACACAUCAAACUAGUCAAUCACCAGAAGUUACAUCAAAAGCUCCUUCUGUGGAAGAAGCUGUCCUUAGCACUGAAGAACUCCAUGAUAGCAUGAGGACUCUAUCACAUAAACUCUCGGAAGCUCUCGUUAACAUCCGUGCUAAGGAGGACUUGGUCAAGCAGCAUGCCAAAGUUGCUGAAGAAGCUGUGUCAGGGUGGGAGAAGGCUGAAGCUGAAGUAUUAGUCCUAAAAAGACAUAUUGAGGUUACAACACAAAAGAAUGCAGCCCUAGAAGAACGUGUUUUGCACCUUGAUGGUGCCCUUAAGGAAUGUCUUAGACAGCUUCGAAAUGCGAAAGAAGAGCACGAACAGAAAAUUCAUGAUGCUAUUACGCAGAGAAAUGUUGAAUUUGAAUCUAUGCAAUCUGAACUUAAGAAUCAGCUUACUGAGCUUCGGGCGCAACUUGAAACUGCUAAAACAGAAGCUGUUACCUCCACGUUUCCUGACCUUUGCAUUAAACUUGAAGCUGCAGAGAGAGACAACUCAAGUCUCAAACUUCAACUAAUUUCCAGAGAGGAGGAACUGAAACUAAGGAUAACGGAAAGGGAUUUGAGCAUCCAUGCUGCUGAAACCACCAGUAAGCAAUACCUGGAAAGCAUCAAGAAGGUGGCUAAGCUGGAAGCAGAGUGCCGAAGGGUAAAAAUGCUGGCACGCAAAGCUGCAACUAUCAAUGAUCACAGAUCUGUCUCAUCAGUUUGUGUUGAGUCUUUCACAGAUAGUCAGUCGGAUUGCGGGGAGGGGUUAUUGGCAAUUGAUAACGAAAGCUGCAAGAUGAGUUGUAUGGAGAUUGGACAUGGCGAGCCAGGUGUCUCUGACCUGUUGGCGUCCACUUCCAAAGCGGAAAUGGAUUUAGGUAAAAAUGUGAAGUCUCUUGGACGAAAUGUAAUGGUGCCUUCUGAUGAGAUUGACCUCAUGAAUGAUUUUCUUGAGAUGGAGAGACUUGCUGCUCAUCCUGCAGCAGAUGAAAGAAUCUUCCCUGACUCAGCAAGUCAUAAUGGAGAAUCAGAACUUAAAGCAAUUCUUAAUCGCACAGCUGACCUGGAGGAGGAGCUGGAGAGGAUGGAAAAGGAGAGAAAUGAACUGAAGAUGUCUCUGAGUGAGUGUCAGCAUCAACUUCAGGCAUCAAAAGAUCAACUGGAGGAAAAGGAGAUGAUGUUGAUAGAGUUGAAAAUUCAACUUGUCUCUGCAAAUGAAAUAAAGAAAGCUACAGAAGCAGAACUCCAGGCUACCAAGAGUAGGCUUGAAAAAUCAUGCAAAGAGUUGACCAGAGCAGAAGACAGUUUAUCAGAGCUCGAAAAUAAGCUAGCUACGUUGUAUCAAGAGAAAGAGUCGGUCGAGACUGAUUUGAUGGCUACCAGUGAAAAGCUUUUGAAAUUGACAAAAUGUAUAGAGGAAGAGAAGAACACAGUGGCAGAGCUUUCUACUCAGUUAGCCGCUGCUCAUCACUUAAGCAGCAAGGUUCAGGAGGAACUUGAAGCUACAAAUAGAAAGAAAGAAGCAGCAGAAUCAAGGGUGAAAGUUGCUGAACUUGAGCUUCAAACUUUGAAAUCAACCAUUUAUACUUUAGAAGAAGAUAUUCAAAAAGAGCGAGCUCUGUCAGGGCAAGCUAUUGCCAACUGCCAAAAACUGGAUGCCGAGAUCUCAAGAUUGAAGUCUGACUCUCUGCAUAGCAGAACAGCAAGUUAUGGGGAGUUCAAAGCAAAUCAGGACAAGGAAUUGGCAUUAGCGGCUAGUAAGUUUGCAGAGUGCCAAAAGACAAUUGCUUCUCUGGGUCAGAAGUUAAACUAUCUUGCAAGAUUGGAUGAUUUCAUGAUUGACUCUGAAAAAUCCACAGAGAUAUACUAAACAGAUAAAUUAUUUAGACAUUGCAAAAUUUUGGUGGCUUCCAAGUUAUUGUCAGCCAAAUAGGAGAAUGAUAGUUUCAUCUGUGGCUACAUUCAGUGGAGGAGAGAGCCUUGGUUAUGUAUGCAAAGGACUACGAAAUCGAAACUGCAGUACAACGCAUGGUGAUCUGAGUACACCAUGGCAAAUUAUCGAACUGGGAAUCUGGGAUCCUUGGAGCAAAUGGUUUUGUAUACUGAGAAGAGAUCAGGGACUGAUUAGGUAAAGUUCAAUAGUAGUGUUUAGUGUACAUGUGACUCUUAUACAAAAGUUGAUUUUUACUGAAUAUAGAAUAUACUCUUGGCAGAGAACAGAUUAAUGUAUAGGCACAAAAGUAACUGAGACACGCUUUCCUGUGGAAAUAAAAGCAUUUCCAUGCUUAGAGCAAUUCAAGUUAGCCGCCUUAAAAAAUUGCGCAGGGCUACGUUAACAUUUUUGGAAACAUGGAGGGGGUAAAAACUAAUUUUUUUGACACAGUGGCGGAUGAUGUAUUUUAAUAGAGUAGUUUCUCCUUUUCCUUUUUCUUCUUCUUCUUUUUUUUUUUUUUUUGAAACAUAUGUACAGCAGGAAGUAUGAUAGUAAUAUUUAUUGAUAUUAUUACUCUUGAUCAGUAUCUAUACUAACAUGUUUCGAUCAAUCGAAUUCUUAC